AUGCAUACACAAUGCAUAAACCCACAAGGACCCUUCUCAACCCUCCCUAAAGAACUAUACCUCACAAUAUCCGAUUUCCUCGCACCAUCAGACCUAAACGCCUUCACACGCACCAACACAACAACCUACAAUCUCCUAAACAAAACCCUCUACAAACGCGAUGCGACCUCCGCAAACCCAAAAUCCCUCUUCUGGGCCUCAACAACCAACACCCCCUCAACAGCCCUAAAAUCCCUCUCCGCAGGCUUCAACAUCCAAUCAAAAACAGACACAGACCCACGAUUAAAAGGCUGCACCCCAAUAAUGCUAGCAUCAUUGCACAAUAGCAUAUCAGUACUGAAACUGCUCCUGCUAAACGACGAAGCAAACCCCAACACCCGCGACAGAAAAUGGAUCCGUCCGCCGCUGUCCUGGGCCGUCAAAGAGGGUCACUCGGCUAUAGUGCAGACCCUGCUGGACGACGACCGUACAGACGUCAACUUGCAAGAUAAGACGGGCGAUACGGCGCUUAUGAUUGCCGUUAAUCACCAGCCCAGGAUGAUGACGCUGCUUCUCUGUGGCGGGGCGGAUCCGCGCGUGCCGAAUCGGCAGGGAUGGACGCCGCUCAGCCGUGCUGCGCGCGAGGUUGAUGGGGAUGUGGGUUUGCUGCUUGCUAAGCAUUUACGUCUGAUUCUUGAGGGGGAUGAUGGCGCUGUGCAUUGUCAGCAUGUGUUUUUCUAUGCGGCUAUCAUGGGACAUGUUGAUAUCGUGCGGUAUUUGGUGAAUUAUUUUGGGGAUAAGCUCGAUCCUAAUGCUGAGGGACAGCAGUAUGGGCGAGGGGCGUUUUCAAUUGCGGCUUCCGCGCAGCGGGUGGAUGUUGGUGGGAGGUUACGGAUCCUGAAUUUGCAGACGCAUUGGAAGAAGCAGACGCCUUUGUUUUUUGCUGCGGAGAAUGGACACGAGGAGGUCGUGGAGUUGUUGGUUGGAUGUGAGAGGGUUGGCCUGGAGAUUGGUGAUAUGCAUGGGAAUACACCGUUGGGAGUUGCGGCGGAAAACAACCACGAGGGGGUUGUUAGGCGGUUGCUGACUGGGCCUAGGCAGGCUGAUCCCAAUGCUCGUGAUGAGAAUGGUCAGACACCGCUGUUUGCUGCUGCGUAUUUCGGUCACACAGGUGUUGUGAAGCUACUUCUCGAGGCUCGUGGGAUUGAUCCACAGCUGCGUAAUACAGAUGGGAACACCGCGUUACAGGUGGCAGCGGAGAAUGGCAAUCAGGAGGUAGUGGAGGUGCUGCAGAGAUACAUAGGCAGCCCAUCAUGA